AUGAAAUCGACUGAAUGGCGCAAUCAGGCCGAAGAUCGAGCGAGAAUAUUACGCAGUUUACAUUGUCCAGGAACUCCCGUCAUAUUCGCGAACGUUUUUGAUGCUCCCACCGCGGAAAUUGUUGCCCAGAACCCAGCUACCAAAGCUCUCGCCACUGCUAGCUUUGCCAUUGCAGCGGUCAGGGGUUUGGAUGACGACGAUCUUGAUCUCGAAACAAAUAUUGAGGCGUUGAAACACAUUAUACCUGUUGCUUUGGAACAUGGAAAACCAAUCACAGUAGACAUCCAGGACGGAUAUGGUGACGAUCUAGAGUCAGUCGUCACAAGGAUUAUUGAGCUCGGCGCGUCGGGUUGCAAUAUUGAAGAUCGUGACAACAGUACUGGUGGGUUACUUUCGAAGGAGAUCGCUACUGAACGCAUUCAGCGUGUCUGUCACGCUGCAUCAGUUGCCGGCGUCCCUAGUUUUGUUGUGAACGCUCGUACUGAUGCAAUACUGCUGAAUAAUGAUAUCGACGACGCUAUUAACCGUGGCAGAUCGUAUCUACACGAAGGCGCAACAACGGCUCUCGUAUGGGGUGGAUUACAGCGUGGUUUGGCAAGGGGCGAGGUCGAACGAAUUUCUACUGCAUUUGAUGGCCGCUUAAAUGUCAUUGCUCGACUCAAUACUGGGGGGUUGUCAAUUCGCGAACUGGCUGAGAUUGGAGUCGCUAGAAUAAGUGUGGGCCCUGCACUUUGGCGUCAUGCAAUGUCUUCCUUUCGUGAAAAAAUGCAGGAAUAUCUUAUCCCCGAGAGAUGA